AUUGUGAAGCAACAGAGUGGCUUGCAUUUCGCAAGGCCAAAGAAUCACCAAAUCAAGACCUCUUCAACAGAAAAUGACAGAUAAAUAAACAAGGGAAAAAUAAAAUAGCAAAGUCUAAAUUUGUCUACUAGUUCCACCAACUUUGAGCCUUUGAAUAUCCCAUCGUGCCCCCACAUUCAGAGGUUUAUUCGGAAACCAUAUAUUCAGGCUUUUGAUCUCUUGGUUCUUGCAACCCCUACAUUCCAUAGUCAAGGCGUACGUCAAAGCUUCAUUGUGGGUUCUUGAUGUAUUCUAGUACUUGACUGCCUUAGGGCCAUUUUUGCUUCUGUGAGUAAGAAAAAUUUAUUAUUCAUGGCUGAAAUCGUGCCUUCACCUGUUGACCAACCCGUUAAACCUGGCAGUGAAAGUGAAUAUUCCGACGAUGAAAAGAAGAAAAGGGUAGGAUCGUUCAAGAAGGUGGCCAUGAGUGCCUCACUUAAGUUCAGGGGUUCCCUUACCAAGAAGGGGAGGAGGCACAGCAGGGUUAUGUCUCUCGCUAUCGAGGAUGAUCUUGAUGCAGAAGAGUUGCAAGCUGUUGAUGCUUUACGCCAAGCACUUGUCUUGGAAGAACUAUUGCCCUCAAGACACGAUGAUCACCGUAUGAUGCUAAGAUUCUUGAGAGCAAGGAAGUUUGACAUUGAGAAAACAAAACAAAUGUGGGCAGAUAUGCUUAAAUGGAGGCAGGAAUUUGGUGCUGACACCAUCUCAGAGGAUUUUGAAUUCACUGAACAAGAUGAGGUUCUAAAAUACUACCCACAAGGGCAUCAUGGGGUUGACAAGGAUGGCAGACCCGUUUACAUUGAAAAACUGGGUCAGGUUGACUCUGCCAAGUUGAUGCAAGUAACAACAAUGGAUCGUUAUCUCAAGUACCACGUAAAGGAGUUUGAGAGGACCUUUGCUGUUAAGUUACCUGCUUGUUCCAUUGCAGCAAAGAAGCACAUCGACCAAAGCACUACUAUUUUGGAUGUGCAAGGAGUGGGUCUCAAGAGUUUGAACAAAGCAGCAAGAGAUCUCCUCCAGAGGCUUCAGAAAAUUGAUGGUGACAACUACCCUGAGUCACUGAACCGUAUGUUCAUCAUCAAUGCUGGUUCUGGAUUUAGGCUCUUGUGGAACACCGUUAAGUCAUUCCUAGAUCCCAAGACCACCGCAAAAAUCCAUGUCCUGGGUAACAAAUACCAGAGCAAGUUGCUUGAAAUCAUCGAUGCCAGUGAACUUCCAGAGUUCUUGGGUGGUACUUGUACUUGUGCAGAUAAAGGUGGUUGCAUGCUUUCUGACAAGGGGCCAUGGAAUGACCCAGAUAUCAUCAAGAUGAUUCAAAAUGGCGAGGGCAAAUGCAAGAGACAAACCUUGUCAGGGAUUCAGGAGAAAACAGCCACAGAAAACGGGAAAGCACAUCAAAAUGUAGGAAACAAAGAAUCAUUUCCACAGACAUUCAAUGUUGAUGUGCCAUGCGCAUCUCCAGAGAUGGUAAAGCCUGUGUACAACUACGAGGGAUUUGCCCCUGUGCUUGGCAAGCCAGUAAAUUCAUCAUGGAACAAAUUAAUAGAGAAUGACAAAGGUGCAGAUUGUUUUGCUAGCAAGACACCUAUGGUGAAUACCAAUCACUUCGUUGGUGGAAUCAUGGCCUUCAUUAUGGGGAUUGUGACCAUGAUCCGCAUGACAAAGAACAUGCCAAGGAAACUGAAUGAAGCAGCACUGUUUAGCAAUCCAGGAUAUUAUGAGAGCACUAUGAUGAAAGCGGCCACCUUCUCAUGCAAUGAUUACAUGACCUUUAUGAAGCGCAUGGCUGAACUAGAAGAGAAAGUCACUGUCCUCAACAAGAGAUCUAUCAUGGCACCCGAAAAGGAGGAAGUGCUGAAUAAUGCUCUGAACAGAGUCACCACUCUCGAACAUGACUUGGAUGCAACCAAAAAGGCACUUGACGAAGCCCUUACUCGACAAGGAGAACUCCAAGCUAAAAUUGACAAGAAAAGGAAGAAGAGGAAGUUGUUCCGCUUCGGCUGUUUAGCUGCUUGAUAUCAAAUAGUUUUACUGCAUCAGGAAGAAGAGUUGUAAAAUUGGAGGUUUUCCAUUUCGACAGCUUAUCAAUGUUUUAAUAAAACCUUGUGCCGAUCCAAUAAAAAGUUUGCCAUUCCCAGACAAUUGUGCAUAUGUCGGAAUAUUGCAUAUUUUUUUGACCAAAAAAAAAAA